AUGACCGGGAGGAAGAGCGGCGAGCGGAAGAAGGCGGUGACCCGGUCCAUGAAGGCUGGACUCCAGUUCCCCGUCGGCCGCAUCGGGCGCCAUCUCAAGAAGGGCCGCUAUGCGGACCGCAUCGGCUGGGGCGCCCCCAUCUACCUCGCCGACGUCCUCGAGUACCUUGCCGCCGAGAUGUUGGAGUUGGCGGGCAAUGCGGCCAAGGACAACAAGAAGACCCGCAUCAUGCCGCGCCACCUGCUUAUCGCCACUCGCAACGACGAGGAGCUAUCCAAGCUGCUUGACGGCAUCACCAUCGCCCAUAGUGGCGUGUUGCCCAACAUCCACUCUGUGUUGUUCUCCAAGAAGGCCAACACGCUCUAG